CAGAGGGCCCGAGGGAGAGGGGAGGGGGUCGGAGAGGGGUAUAUAUGAGCCUGCUGGGAGAGGCAACAGCUGCAUCAACCAGCUCCACGGUCCAGCCAGCGGAACCAACCACCAAACUUUCCGCAACGGCAACCCAUCCCACCAUAGUACCCAGAGGUCUCUCUCUCGUGCUCUUUCCUUUUAUCUCCUUCAUUCUUUCUCUCUCUUUCGCUCUCUCUCUCUCACGGAGCUGAGUCAUGGAUGUCCCUAUCCAGUACCCCUGGUACCGCCGGGCCUUCUCCCACCGCAUGCCUGACCUGUACUCCGGAGAACCUCUCCCAGACCUGGCCCUCGGCUGGCCCUUCACCUGGCCCUUACCCUGGAUGAGGACUUCCUUUCCACGAUGGCUCAACUGGGCCGAUGGUGGCCACGCCGAGAUGCGCGCCGAGAAGGAUCGAUACGUGAUUAAUCUGGAUGUGAAGCAUUUCUCUUCUGAGGAGAUCAACGUCAACGUCAAUGAAGACGUCAUCAGAAUACAUGCCAGGCACGAGGAACGACAGGAUGACCACGGCUUUGUGACGCGGGAGUUUGUGAGGAAAUACAAACUUCCCGGGGGCGUGGGUAGUGGUGAUGUCACCUCGUCUCUGUCAUGUGACGGCGUGCUGACAAUCUACGCCCCUCGGGGCUGCGCUGGCCAGGAGCGAACCAUUCCCAUCACCUACGAGGAUGCGGCCGCACCACAGAAGAAGUAGAGCCCAUGCCCCGCUUCUGACCCAGUCUGACCUCUGACCCCCACCUGCUGCUUCCUGUCUGUCUCUGACUUCAACCCUUGUUUGUUUACAACAGAAUCGGUGACAGCCAUAUGACUGAGGGCAGUUUUAGUUCAUAAGAGUUUCACCUAUUCUGUUCCUUCAGAUCUCCAAAAGCUUUUAUUGGGACCGGACCCUCUCCUAAUGAUUUAUAGACCAAAAUGGUCCACCCAAUAUAGCAAGAACACAUUUGAAUUUGAUUGUUUCCAUUUGAUGGGGAUGCAUCAAACCAAUCUCACAUCAAUCAAUCUAACUUUCAAAAUCAUAUGUCUAUCAAACUAAGAUUCUGAAUGUCCGUCAGUCUACAGCCAUAAAAUGUGUGUUUAUGUCCAUUCUAGUGGCUUGACAUUGGGUGCUCUGGUCUGGUAAGUGGUCGAGUGUUUGACUAUAACAGGAUAUGGCCUGUGGGUUUUUUGCAACCUUUGUUCUAAUUCUAAUCUACUUACGAAUCUAACCCCUGACACAAAGAAGAACACCUUUUCCUCAGAGCUGAACCCAUCACCAAUGCUGCCCUAUACUGACGGGGUUUUGGAGAGACUGUGUCGCAAGUUAUCACAAACCCAACAGAUUGUAACACCUCUGAAAUCCCAGUGCCACAGAACAACUUAGAACACUUACCAUAUCAAAAACAAACGUUCACGUGACUGUGUGCGGUUGUUAUUCAAGUCGAUCGAUACGUGCACCUGUCGGCAUGUAUCGUGGGUUUGCAUGUGAGUGUGUCUGAUGCCUGCCUGAAAGUCUGCAUUCCUGAGUGAGUGUGUGUGUUCAGUACAUGGACCAGGGACCACAUUGUGUUCUUCACUCCAGAAGAGGAGGGAGAAAGGGGGGGGGGAUCAAAGGAGGGAAA